UCCCGUGACUCCUUCCCCAUUCAAGGUGCGGCAGAGGUGCAGGUGCGCAACGAUUCUCCCGGAGACGCUAUAAAUUGAAACGACGCCGUUCUUCUGCUGAUACCGUUGGAGAAAGGCGAAGGAAUACCCGAAGCAAACGCUUACGAAAGAACUAACUUUAUCAGCAACAAGUGGAACUUGGGCAGCGCUCGUCGGUUCGUUACGGGCGGGGGGGAUUUGGGACCUUCGCCACAGGUGGACGCCCGUCUUUUGUUCGCCGUCAAGUCGAGGAAGAAGUGAAAAAGGAAAACGAAAUGGCCAACUCGAGUCUCCAGAUGUUGGGCUUCUCCCUCAGCCUCCUGGGCCUAAUUGGAUUGAUCGUUGGCACCAUUUUGCCCCAGUGGAAGAUGUCCGCUUACGUCGGGGACAACAUCAUCACGGCCAUCGCCAUGUACGAGGGACUGUGGAUGUCCUGCGCGUUCCAGAGCACAGGCCAGAUCCAGUGCAAGGUGUACGACUCCAUCCUGCAGCUCAACAGUGCCCUCCAGGCGACGCGCGCCCUCAUGAUCGUGAGCAUCAUCGUAAUCGUGGUUGGCCUGGGCGCAGCCUGCAUGGGAAUGAAGUGCACCAACUGUGGAGGAGAUGACAAAACGCGCAAAACCCGCAUUGCCAUGGCUGCUGGAAUCAUCAUCCUGAUUGGCUCUUUGUGUGCCCUUAUCGCCUGCUCUUGGUACGCUAACGACAUCAUCAAAGCCUUCUACAACCCUUUCACCCCCGUCAAUACGAAGUACGAGUUUGGUUCUGCCAUCUUCAUUGCCUGGGCUGGAUCAUUCCUGGCUCUAGUGGGAGGCGGCAUGCUGGCGGCGUCCUGCCCGAAAGGCAGCCCAAAGUCCACGCCCAAGUAUCCCAUCUCCAGACCUCCCAGCAGCAGCAAGGAAUACGUUUGAGCAGUUAGGCUGUAUGAACACUGACAUUCAUGCUAGUCGAAGUGCAGAGCUUAUUGUUUUGGAGAGAUGUGUCCCAGGAUGCAAUCGCUGUUUUUUAAAAAAAAAUCUGUUAAUAUUUUUGUUCAGAAAUUUCCUCUUACUGCAAAAUUAUUUUUAACGCAUUAAAGUUUUUAAAAAUGGCUUUAAUUUAAAAGUAAAUUGGCCUUUCCAUACAGUUAGUGUCUUUUGAUUUGUAUGCUGUGUAGUAUAUCCAAAUAAAGGUAAAACACCACGUGAUAUUGCACAUUGAUUUCAUAUGCUACAAUGUACAGUGCAUUAGGAUGUACAAUGUCUUGAGUGGUUUGAAUGCACUGAUGUAGCGAUGGAACUCUGAUAGUGUGUGUAGGCCAAACAGCAGUAAAUCAUUUAUAUAUAAAAUUA